AUGUCUGAAAAACUCAUUUCUGAAAAACUCAAGAAAAUAAUCCUUUGUUCUUACGAAUUGGAUAGGAAUAAACUUGAAAUAACGCAUGUUGAUAGUGCCUCUAUUACUAUUAAAGACUUUGAAGAACUCACAACAAUACUCCCUUCCUCUUAUAAACUCAAUCUAGCUGAUAACAAAAUUAUAAUAAUGCCUGUUAGCGCACAAACUGAGAAUCUUAUCUUAUUACUAAAGUCGACAUAUAGUGCUAAAAUAACCGUAGACUUGUUGGAAUAUUCAGAAACAUGUUAUAAUUUACCUCUACCAAAUCCUACUGUUCAGGAUCCAGAUGCUUUCAUUUUUCUCACAACAAAAUGGAAUGCAUUAUCAGUUAAUGAUCAAAACGAAGCAUUUCCCUCAUUUGCCCCAAAUUUUGUUGUGAAAAUAUAUUCAAAUAACGAUCUGAGGAUUAUUAUCACUGAAAAAUGA